AUGCCAGAUGAUCCAGAGGGGGUUGAGGUAAAACAUCAGGAUGAUGAUGAUCCUUGGGCAGGACGCAAUUACACCGUGGAUCUCGAAACUGGAGAAUACAUUCUCAGUUCGUGCAAUCAAAACGUCGGAAACAACAACGAAAUCGAAGAGGAAGAGGAGGAAGAACUUCUCAGAGAACAAUCAUCGUUCGGUUUAAAUCAUCAUCCCUUGGCUGUAUUUUCCGAUGAUUCUUUAGGCCUGACCGAAACAUUAGGUCUUGAAAAUGAUUUCACAUCGGAAUUAUUGAGUGACAGUUUAUUAGGAAGCACCGUUGUUGAGGAUUUUCUUGGUGGUAACGAUCUUGGUUUACCCGACGGAUUCAAUCUUGAGGAAGCACUUCAACUUGUUGGCCUCGAUGAGGUUAAACCAGAUAACGAGGAAACGAAAUACGAACUGAAGAGGGAAAAGCAGGAGGAGGAGGAGGAGAAGAAGGAGAAGAAGGAGGUGGUGAAACAAGAAGAGAUAAAACAGGAAGAAUUGUUGAUCGAAGAAAACGAAGACGGGAAACAAAGAGGUGGCGGAACGGGAGGAGGGGGAGUGGGAGGAGACGAGGAAGAAGAGGAAGAGGACAUCGAGGACGAGGACGAGGAGGAGGAGAACUUUUACGAGAACUACGAGGAGGACGAGGACGAGGACGAGGAACACGAACACGAACAGGAACACGAGGACGACGAGGAGGAAGAAGAAGAAGAAGAAGUCGUUGUCAUUGGUUCUAAGGAAUUUACUAACGCUAAAGGUGACGUAUUUCCUGUCAACGUCUCUGGUAACGUCGCUGAGGUCGCGAAGUCAUCCAGGUGCGAGGAUCCUGAAACCGGCGACAUGAUUCAUACACCGCAAUUUCAUCAUCCCCAUCAUCCCCACCACCAUCGCUCCUUCCAGGGCCGCAUGCCAUUCGUGCGUGCAAUGAGCAUGGAGCAACGGUGGCAGGAUUUGGCAUCAUUAUUAUCUCUUCCCGGUGCUCCAGAUCAUUUUGCGCAUCCAUCGCAUCCUGGAUACCACCCUGGACAUACUAUAAGUCAUAGUCAUUACGAGGCACAACGUAAUGUUUUGCUUCACAAUGCCACUCUGGCACCACCGGUUGGUGAUCUUAACUCGACGGGUCCCUACCAUAAUGUAGGUGGUUCGUCGAAUCUUGGAUCAGCCGUUGCAACUUCGAUGAAUCUAACGAACAGUAGCGAGCCAAUGGGGGCGGAAAGUAAUGCUGCUUAUAAAUCUGAACCCAGUGACAUAAUGUAUUAUCAUGCACCAACGUCAGACUCGAUAAAUCAAACCACUGAUGGUUUUCUUUCCUCUCUUCUCAAUGACGAAGAUUUGCAUUUAAUGGAUAUGGCAAUGAACGACGGCAUGUACACCAUGCGUAUGCUGGAUAAUGGUAGCAAUAAUGCAUCCGGGCCAACCGGAGCAGCUGCUUUACCAGGAGUCCAAACAGCUGGUGGUACCACGUCAACAACGACGGCCCUGACAAGUGUAACGAGUUUACCUGCUGUCACAGAUGAGAGAAUGGAUGCUUCUAGUGAUAGUGCAGUCAGUAGCAUGGGCAGUGAACGCGUGCCAUCCCUCUCGGAUGGGGAGUGGAUGGAAACUGGCUCAAAUUCCAGUCACACGCAAGCUGACUCACAUUACACCAUGGAUUAUGCUAGUAAGUACCGAAUGCCUUACGACUGCAGUUAUUCAGUUUCUGGAAGAAACGCUGGUUCUCCAAGAUGUCAGCCAGAGAGGACCGCCGUACCACCGGUUGCACAGAAAAAACAUCAAAUGUUCGCCAAACGAUAUUUCCAAGAGCAAGGCACCGGAUCACCAUUAGGAGGAACGGCACAUCCUACCACCCCUAUAAAAUAUGAAUAUGAUUCACCACAUACGGUCGGUGCUGGGGCACCGGGCAAUGCUUAUUCCGGGCCAAUUGAAGGUGCAGCCGGGCCACAAUCUGAAAUUAAAUAUAGUUGCAGUGUCGACUUCACUCGUCAUCAAUCUGGGCGAUCAGCAAUUGAACACGUUCAUCAUAAUCAUACUUAUCAUUUACCCGCUGAAAGUUCAGGAUCUCUUCAACGUCCCCUUUCUCGUGAUAAGAAAGUACGGAAGAACGAGAGCGACGAACAUUUGACACGAGAUGAAAAACGUGCAAGAGCGUUAAACGUACCUAUUCCAGUAAACGACAUCAUUAAUUUACCUAUGGACGAAUUUAAUGAACGCCUUAGCAAAUACGAUUUAAGCGAAGCACAAUUAUCUUUGAUACGUGAUAUCAGAAGGCGAGGUAAAAACAAGGUGGCAGCUCAGAAUUGUCGCAAACGAAAAUUGGAUCAAAUCAUCAGUCUUGCGGACGAAGUUAAAGAGAUGCGCGAUCGUAAGAUGAGAUUAAUACGGGAACAUGAUUUUAUGCUUCUGGAAAGACAACGCGUUAAAGACAAGUUCAGUCAACUUUAUCGCCACGUUUUCCAGUCUCUUCGAGAUCCUGAUGGUAAUCAAUACCAUCCAUACGAAUACAGUCUUCAGCAAUCCGCUGAUGGAAAUGUUUUGUUGGUACCAAGAAAUCAAACCAAUCCUCAUCAUCCGUGCCCUUCAUCCAUGGAACCGAAGACGAAGCCAGAUCCUGAACACAAGGAAUGAAACUGUCAAAGGAUCGUAUUCAAAACGAUUGGUUAACUAGAUAAUAUCGCUGUUUCGUAUAGCGAAUCGUCAAUAACGGCGUAAAUUCAAAUGUUAACGAUGAUGUUAACUAAGAGCUUCGUG